CCCUGUCAGUUUAACAGCUGCGGCUCGCGCUCCAGUUUGUUGAGGCUCACGGCGGCAGGCGGCAUGUGUAGCUGGGCAGGGGGCGACUCCGUUUGACCAGCAGCGGUAGAUUCUUUUCGUCGACAACCAGCCAGCCAGCCGGGGAGGGCAACGACAAGCCUUCAUCACGGUGGCAGUGUGAAAAAUAAGCUCCUCGUUGACAGCGAGGGAGAGAAUAAUGAGAAUAGUGGAUUUGGGUUCUACUUGUAGGUACAGCGCAGCAGAAGAAGCUCUCCGAAAGAUUUGGACAUGAAGAAGGAUAUAGACACACUCAUAGCAGAGGAACGGGCUGAAAUCAUCUCGAAAUAUGACAAGGGUAGGCAGGAGGGUGUCAAGAUUGACCCAUGGGAGGAUGCUGACUACAACAUUUAUAAAGUCACUGACCGCUUCGGCUUCCUGCAUGAGGAAGAAUUGCCAACACCUACUGCUCUUGAAGAGAAGCAAAAGCAGCACGAGAUGGAGCGAGUAGAGAAAUGGCUGAAGAUGACGAAGAAAUGGGACAAGUACAGGAACAGUGAAAAGCUGGUGAAGCGUGUAUAUAAAGGCAUUCCUCUUCAGCUACGAGGGCAGGCUUGGGCCUUGCUUUUGGACAUAGAGAAGGUUAAGCAAGAUAACGAGGGAAAAUAUGAGAAAAUGAAGCAGCAGGCUCGCAACUUCUCCACAGAGAUCAAGCAAAUAGAUUUAGAUGUCAACAGAACCUUCAGGAACAACAUCAUGUUCAGGGACCGCUUUGGAGUCCAGCAGCAGGCCCUGUUUCAUGUACUAGCAGCUUACUCUGUCUAUAAUACGGAGGUGAGCUACUGCCAGGGGAUGAGUCAGAUCGCUGCCAUCUUGCUCAUGUACCUGAAUGAGGAAGAUGCCUUCUGGGCUCUGUCCCAGCUCCUCACCAACAGCAAGCAUUCCAUGCACGGAUUCUUCAUCCCGGGAUUUCCCAAGUUGCAGCGAUUCCAGGCUCACCAUGAGCUUAUUCUCUCUAAAAUGCUGCCCAAGCUGAAGAAACACCUGGACAAGGAGCAGAUGACAACAGGGAUUUACACCACCAAAUGGUUUCUUCAGUGCUUCAUUGAAAGAACCCCCUUUACUCUCACCUUGCGUUUAUGGGACAUCUACAUUCUGGAGGGGGAGAAGAUGCUCAGUGCUAUGGCUUACACAACCCUCAAGUUGCACAAAAAGCGCCUGCAGAAACUUCAGUUGGAGGACCUCAGGGAGUUUCUUCAGGAGCAGCUGGUAGCUUCUUUCCUCCUGCCUGAUGAUGUGGUGGUCGAACAGUUACAAGCAGCGAUGUCUGAGCUACGCAGUAAAAAGCUGGACCUUCCUCCACCAGCCAAGUCAGAAGAGCUGCCAAAAAAGCCUCUGGGUCAAGAGAGACCACUUCUUCUAAUGCCAUUGCAGCCUGACUCUCCUCUGGAGGUAAAAAUAAAUCUGCAGCCUCACAUUCAGCCUGAUACACAGUCCCAGCAAACGGAUGACAUCUCUCUACAUCAGCCGUCUUCUGCUGAAACCCAGGACUCACAAAGCCUCUCCAAGGCAAACACACCUGGUUUGCCUUCACCAGACCCAGUUGUGGUCCACACACAAGGAACGCCUUCUCCUCUGAGGCCUUGUAGAGCACCUCCGAUACCCCCAAAAGCAGACAAACCCUGUGCUGAGGUAGAGUUGGUCAGAGAUGUGAAGGAGUCACUCCCUGUGGUUAGCCAAGAUGGGGAGAAAUGGGAUAAUCAGCCCAGAAACCCAGAGACCCAGGACGAGCCUGUGGACUGGCCUCCACCCUAUGAGCCCCCAACUUUGGAUACUCUUACCAUGCAGAUGGAGGAGGAAAUCAUGGACCUUCCAGAUCUUCCACCUCCACCUUUCUUUUACUCUGAGCAGAAUGACCAAAUGCCCUUGGGCAGGAAAUCGCCCUGCCUGGGGGAAAGGCCUGCCCCAGAGAGCCAGCGGUACUCUCCUUCCCCCCGUUCUGCCUCACCACUGGUCACUCAGAUGAAGGUGUCUCCAAAACCAUGCCCAAAACCACCCAUGUCUCUUGACCUUGCACAGAAAAAACCUCUUCCCCCAAAACCCUCCCCUCACCGUGCCUUCACUGCAGCCUCCUCCUCCUCCUCUCCCAGAAUUCCCCCAAAGCCAACCAAGUUCCCAGUCUCGCUCUAUGUCCCGGUGUCCGCGGGAGACAGACGGCCUUCCAACACCUCCCAGUACGACAACCUUUCUGAGGCUGAUGAAGAUGAUCGCUACCUGGAGAGACUGCUGGGCUCCACUCCUGAGGAAACUCCCAGCAUGCACAACAACCCGCCAUAUGCCAUCGACAGAGACUAUGACCCAACUCUCUACCCCCUGCCUCCACCUCCUGUCUUCAUCCCUCCGUCCCCAUCUCCCAUUCCUCCCUCACUGUGUGCUCUUGCUAGUUUGCCUCAGGAGCCAGAAUAUGAAGGAGAGGACAGCUGGGUGGAGGAUUCUAUCAUUCCCCCUCCUCCCCCCAGUUUUGCUGACAGACUUUCUCCCUUCCAGUGCACCACUGCCAGCUGUUCAGACACACACAGAGCCAUGUCGCCUGGUUACUCUAAGCCUUUCUCCAGGGCCCCCAGAGACCAUUCUGCCUUCCCAGCACCACUGUUAUACACUGGGUCUCCUCCUGGUCACUCCAGGUCCUCAGGACAGUCACCUGUAGGGAUUCCCUUGGUUCAGUCCAGCCCAGACUUUUGCAGGAUGCCUCCAGGUGGACAGCAGCUGCCCAAAUCAGUCACAUUUUGAAGCAUCAUUCUUCAAAGCCAGUUAAGAAGAGAAAGGCCAGUAGCUAUUCAGUUUGUCAAAGUUGUGUGUGUGUGUGUGUAUGUGACUUUUUUAUUAAUGUGUACAGAUUUCUUUGAUUCUUCGCCUUUGUAAGGGCGGUAGUGUCAAACUUGUAUUUAAAACUGCUGACUGCGUUACUGCUGGCCGCACAGAUAGUGGGUGUAUUAACUUGCCUGUUCUUGUUUAGAACGUAAGGCCACAUUGGGUAUCAAUUUGACAGAUGUUGAUGCAAAGUAUAUACAAAAAAAAGGUGCUCGUACUAGCUGCACAUUUCACCAUUGCUUCAUCUCCAGUUAGUUUCAUUUUGUUCCAACAAAGUGUCUUAACCUUACACUGAGUGUAGCAACUCUAACACAAGGGCUCUGAGGCUGUGAGUAAGAUCGUCUUGUCAGCCAAAGCCUCAACAUUUAUACUGAAUUUCUGGUAAACUGUGAGCAGGCUCACACGUCCUAAUGAGAAACUGUUAACUGUUUUUUUGCAUCACGUAUGUUUAGGUUAAUACUUGACAACUAAGGACCACUAAACCAGGUUGCACUAAAACAGUGCGCAUACAAACUUUUUUUAAGAAUUGCUAAAGUUGUAACCACCAGUAGCAGUGAAGAAUGGUGCAAUAUAUCCUUGGUGUAAAUACUGAAGCAAGUUUCUUUCAUAUGAAGCCUGGUCAGCUCAGCUAUUUCCCAUCCAGGUAGCAGUGGGUACUCUGUGGGUAUUUUACUGCUUUUUUGUUUUUAUUUUAAGAUGCUGUCAGUGUUUUGUGUGAUUUCACAGCAAUAAUGUACCGUGUCUAUGUCCAUGCAUGUGUCAAGGUUAAGUAAGACCUAAAUACGGAUUCAAUGAAUGCAACAUGUCAGCACAGACUGUUUUACAGUAAAGAAAUUCAUUGACACUUUUUUAUGAGAGUAGCCCCCUCUAGUGGUCAGAGGUGCUACACAGUGACAGUUGCUGAUUUAAUCUCUAAAUGGAGGUCUUUGCAUUUUAAUACAAAUUCAAUGACAAGACCUUUCAGGAGAAACAAGCUACGCCCACAGAUAUUAGCUAUACGCCUGUUUAUGAAUGUGCACAUAGUAAGACUAAAGAAUAUGAGGAAAAAUUGUGUAUCACUCUGAUAGACUGUUUUACAGCAGGAAUCAAAGCUCACAGCCAUAUUUUAGAGCCAUUGCAGUGUAACUUAAUUUAAUUGCUCAAAGCAAAUGUUCUUGAGAAAUGGAAGAUGAGCCAUAAUAUACUGUACAAGGACCUACUGUAGGCAAACAUGUUUAUAUUGCUGUUUCAGUUAUAUUUGACAUUAUAUACCGUGUCUAAACAUGCAUUUUGUUUUUUGCACUGACAUUUGUCAUUAUAAACAGGUUUUGCAGUUGUCUGUAAGUAUUGUUUUUCUAAUGAAGUUGCAAGUUACUGCUAAAGCUUUGGUCUGGGCUGUUACAUCGACUCACGAUAAAGUACAUUCUCACACAAGGACUUGGCAUCUGCACAAGUAUGUUUGGCUUAUUGGGUGUAUUUUAUCACGUGAUCCAGCCACCAGUUGUACAUCACUAUUCCUUUUAUGGGUCUGGCUGACAUCAGGGAGGGCUCAGACCAAAGCUUGUGUGCAUUCAUGCAACUAUGUGAGUUUUAUAAAGAGUCAAACCUU